GGAAUGAAUUCUGUUUAUUGAAUGUUAUUAAAUGUAGACUUUUCAUUUCAACUGAAAGCAUUUUGAACAUUUAGAGAAGUUUUCAUUUUUAUUUUUGUAAAAAUAACCAAAUCGUAUUAAGUUGCAAAAAGAAAAUUCAGCACAAGCAACUCAGCAAACUAAUCGUAAAGCAGUGUUCCAUGCUAUUUCAGUACUCCAUCAACUUGGCAGAUGAGGCACGAGACAAUCAUGCACAGCAGAUCGAGAGAGCAGAGAUAGCUAAUCUGGUACGAAGCCGCAUGGAAUCGCUGAAUUUGCCAACUAUUGACUACGAUGACGUGAGCGAAAAGCGGAAUCAUCUAUCCUAUGUAAUAAUUAAUCCGAGCUGUGAUCUAAAACUGGAGGAGGGUGACGUUAUUUACUUGGUGCGCCCAUCACCUUUCUCAGCGCAGAAGACCUUUGAGCGGCAUAAUUCAAGACGCAAAUCUAACAUAUCUUUUUGUUCCAAUAUCAAUUUGGGUGGCGCUUGCGGACCGAAUGCUGGAGCUGGUGCAGGGUCUCGGCGUGGAUCGGGCAUUGCAGGACUCAACCCAAUGCAGAUGCAGAGCGUUCAGACGUUGGCCGGGUAUGGUUCCCCACGCUGCACGCCGCCAAUACAACAAAUUAAAUCCAAUUCUCUUUCUCUACCCGACAGUCCGACGGUUGUUGGCUCACAGCGAGGAAGGAGUAACUCAUUGCGGAUUGAUAAUGAUAUAUUACUACGUCGCUCUUCGUCGUUGCGUCAAGGCCUGCCCAAUGUGGGUGUAAGUCAUGGCCGACGAAAGUCGUCAUUGGAAGAAAUUGGCAUUAGUCACUUCACUACACUAAUGCAGGCCACAAAUCAUACAAACCCCAUUAAAAUAGCACUUAAUGGCAGUAUUGGACUAGAGAACCAUAUAUCAUUACAGGUAACACCACCCGAAGAACCCACGCCGAUACUAGGAGUACCUUGUAUUGUAGCUGGUGGAGCUGGCGGUGGCAUAAAUCCUUCAGCGCUGGGUGGCUCCUCAUUGGUCAGCGGCUCAAAUUUGGCAAUCAAUACAGCUGAUCUAGGCAACAAUUCGCCACUGCAGGUUCCACAAGAUCAGACGCAAGCCGCACAAAUGCAAUCCCCGCAACAUUUACAGGGUACAAUCGUAUGAUACAACCUAAUGUGGGGUCGCAGGCUCCGCUCUUCAAUAUCAAAAAAAAACAAGUGGAUAUAAAUUAUUAUAUUGUAUUGUAUUGUAAGU